CCUUGCCCCCAAAGUCGUUGCCGGUGGUUCGGUUGAGCUCGGAGCCCACGGACUCACGGAAAAGCGCGUAAACCUGCCGCGUCGGGGACGCGCGUGUCGUCCCUCCCUCCCCGGCCCCGCUUAUCGGUGGCGCGCUCUGGUGACGCUGCGGGCUGAUGGCUGCCGCGAGGCCGGGACGGUGAAGACGGGAUUGGUGGAGCGAACAAAAUCGGCAGCCCCAUCCAGAGGAGAAUGCAAAUCCUUCUCAUCAUCGUUUGGCUCCAGCCGUGCUCAUGAUGCCCACCCUGUGAAGCUCUCCCACCAUCAGGAACUCCUCUGCUCCCGUGUGCCAGCAGACGGCGUGGACCCGUUUUCUUUUCCCUGCUAGGAGUCGCUGUGCAGAAAACGGGCGCAAUGUCCCUGCUCUUCUCUCGAUGCAACUCCAUCGUCAAGGCCAAGAAGGAUAAGAGACACAUGGCGGAGGUGAACGCUUCCCCUCUCAAGCACUUCGUCACUGCCAAGAAGAAGAUCAGUGGCAUCUUCGAGCAGUUGGGGGCUUACAUUCAGGAGAGCGCCACCUUCCUGGAAGAGACCCACCGGAAUGUGGAGCUGGACCCAGUCACAACUGAGGAGCAGGUUGUGGACGUCAGAGGCUACCUGUCCAAAGUCAGGGGUAUCAGCGAGGUGCUGGCCCGACGGCACAUGAAAGUGGCUUUUUUUGGCCGGACAAGCAAUGGGAAAAGCACCGUCAUCAACGCCAUGCUCUGGGACAAAGUCCUGCCCUCGGGGAUCGGCCACACCACCAAUUGCUUCCUGCGAGUGGGGGGCACGGAGGGCCACGAGGCCUUCCUCCUCACCGAGGGCUCGGAGGAGAAGAGGAGUGUCAAGACCGUGAACCAGCUGGCCCAUGCCCUCCACCAGGACGAGCAGCUGCACGCCGGCAGCCUGGUGAGCGUGAUGUGGCCCAACUCCAAGUGCCCACUUCUGAAGGACGACCUUGUGCUGAUGGACAGCCCUGGUAUCGAUGUCACCACCGAGCUGGACAGCUGGAUCGACAAGUUCUGCCUGGAUGCUGAUGUGUUUGUACUGGUGGCCAACUCGGAGUCCACCCUGAUGCAGACGGAGAAGCAGUUCUUCCACAAGGUCAGCGAGCGUCUCUCCCGCCCCAACAUCUUCAUCCUGAACAACCGCUGGGACGCGUCCGCCUCGGAGCCCGAGUACAUGGAGGAGGUCCGGCGGCAGCACAUGGAACGUUGUACUGGCUUCCUGGUGGACGAGCUGGGUGUGGUAGACCGAGCCCAGGCCGGGGACCGCAUUUUCUUCGUAUCGGCCAAGGAAGUGCUCAACGCUAGGAUCCAGAAAGCCCAGGGCAUGCCUGAAGGAGGGGGCGCUCUUGCAGAAGGCUUUCAAGUGAGGAUGUUUGAGUUUCAGAAUUUUGAGAGGCGAUUUGAGGAGUGCAUCUCCCAGUCUGCGGUGAAAACCAAAUUCGAGCAGCACACGGUUCGGGCCAAGCAGAUCGCAGAAGCCGUGCGCCUCAUCAUGGACUCUCUGCACAUCGCGGCGCAGGAGCAGCGAGUUUACUGCCUGGACAUGCGUGAGGAGCGGCAAGACCGCCUGAGGUUUAUUGACAAACAGCUGGAGCUCUUGGCUCAAGACUACAAACUACGAAUCAAGCAGAUUACAGAGGAAGUGGAAAGGCAGGUGUCAACGGCGAUGGCCGAGGAGAUCAGGCGCCUGUCUGUGCUGGUGGACGACUACCAGAUGGACUUCCACCCCUCUCCCGUGGUGCUCAAGGUUUACAAGAAUGAGCUGCACCGCCACAUUGAGGAGGGCCUGGGCCGGAACAUGUCGGACCGCUGCUCCACAGCCAUCACCAGCUCUCUGCAGACCAUGCAGCAGGACAUGAUCGAUGGCCUGAAGCCCCUCCUCCCUGUGUCGUUGGGGAGCCAGAUCGAUAUGUUGGUCCCUCGGCAGUGCUUCUCCCUCAGCUAUGACCUGAACUGUGACAAACUGUGUGCCGACUUUCAGGAGGACAUCGAAUUCCACUUCUCACUUGGCUGGACCAUGCUCGUGAAUCGGUUCCUGGGCCCCAAGAACAGCCGUCGGGCCUUGAUGGGCUACAGUGACCAGGUGCAGCGUCCUGUCCCUCUGACACCAGCCAACCCCAGCAUGCCCCCACUGCCGCAGGGCUCACUCACCCAAGAAGAGCUCAUGGUCUCCAUGGUGACCGGCCUGGCCUCCCUGACGUCCCGGACUUCCAUGGGCAUUCUCGUCGUGGGAGGGGUGGUGUGGAAGGCAGUGGGCUGGCGGCUCAUUGCCCUGUCUUUCGGGCUGUACGGUCUCCUGUACGUCUACGAGCGUCUGACCUGGACCACCAAGGCCAAGGAGAGGGCUUUCAAGCGCCAGUUUGUGGAGUACGCCAGUGAGAAGCUGCAGCUCAUCAUCAGCUACACCGGCUCCAACUGCAGCCACCAAGUCCAGCAGGAGCUGUCUGGAACUUUUGCACAUCUGUGCCAGCAAGUCGACAUCACCCGGGAAAACCUGGAGCAGGAAAUUGCUGCCAUGAACAAGAAAAUCGGAACCCUCGAUUCCCUUCAGAGCAAAGCCAAGCUGCUCAGGAAUAAGGCGGGCUGGUUGGACAGCGAGCUCAACAUGUUCACGCACCAGUACCUGCAGCCCAGCAGAUAGUGGCCUGCCACUGAGCUGGAGGCUGCAUGGAGGAGGCAGAGCCGGCCCCUCAGUGCUGCCCCAGGGCACGGGCAGCACCUGCCGGGCGCCACCCCAAAGCGAGCACACCCACCGUCUUGUACUGUCUCGAGCCCUUACGCACUAGUUGUCCCCCGCCUGCCUGCGGUCCUAGGGAGAUCUGGGCCUCCAGCCCUCCGGGAGGCGCUCAUGGCGAUGGACAGCAUGGUGCCAGGAGUGGAUGCCGCAGGCCCUCAUGGAGACUCCUGUGUUGGCCCUGUCAGCCCUGCAGGGUGCCUGGCUGGAGCCUCAGGAUCAGACAGACCCACCUCCCCUGGCCCUGGCACCCUGUAGCGCGCAGCCUUGGGGCUGUUGGGUGUUCCCAGACUGCAUCCUUCUGGGAAGACCGUGGCUGUGUUCUUUGCCCUUGAGCUUCCUCCUUGUGUUUGCGGAGCCGCUGGCGCCAGUCUUGGUGUGCUUGUGUGGAGGCCGGCCACCUGGGCGCUGUAGGGAGGAGUCAGGAGAGGGCCGGGGCUGCUGCCACACCAGGAGGGACUCCCAUUUCCUCCUCGAGCCCCUCGCUCUAGGGUUGACUCUUGCCCCGGUGGUGCCGAGGUGGUGCUGUGAGAGAUGGUUCAGAUUUGUGAAAUGAUGUGUGACAGGAGGAGGGGACCUGAUGCAGGCUGAGAGGACUGCGUCCCUGAUCCCCUCUGGGACAGAUGGAGACUGGAGUCAGCCCAGAACAGGGCCUCUUGUAGGGGUUUCAUGGGGCCCAGGAGCCCCCAUCCCACUAGCGUGGUCCCCACCCCCGCUCCAGCUGCCAUCGGCCACCGGUCCUCUGGACGAAGUGCCCUGUGCCAAUGACUGCAGUCACCCAGAAAGUGAGGGAAAGCCCAUGCCUGACCGAGCCCAGCCAGGCCCCCAUUUGGCCUCUUGCUUACCUUGUUUUCCACUGUUGAGUUGGGGAUUGUGACUGGGCGAAGUCGGGCAGGUUCCUGUCCCCGCUCCUCGCCCUGUCUAGUAGCCGGCCUCCCUCAGCAGGGUGGGGCUUGGGUCCCAGCGGUAGUCCAGCUUUGGGGAGAAGCGCAGGUGGUCUCUGUCACUGGAGGGAGGGAUGUGUGGUGGGGAAAUAUAUGGUCCCUCUCCACAUACCUGCUGCCCUCCAAGCCUCGGUCUGCCCUGGUGCAUGGGACAAAGGAACGGACUUCGCAUGGUGGACGCAUGGUGAGAGGAUGUUUGGACUGGCUGAUGGCCGCCUCACAGGCCGUCAGAAAAUCCAUGUCACGUGGCUCCAAUGAACUUUGUGACUUUGUACUCUUUUUACAACGUUAUUUAAAGUGAUGACACACAUGAAUUGUUGGCGAUCGCCCUUGGGAAGGAAUGGAAGCCUGAGCUACUUACAUCAGCAGUGCAGUGUGACGCAGACGGGAGACUCCUGCAAGAAGUUUGGCAAAAAGGCACUUUAAUUUGAUGCUGCUAACUCUCUUCUCGGUUUUUCUGUUCAUUUGCUAGAGCCCGAGACGUGCUUGGCACCCUGAGUUUUCUCUCUGAUGUAUUUACGGGGAUUUACCUGCCCGAAUUACUCCUGUCAUUGCUGAUAUUAAGGAAACAGAAAUAAAAUGUACUUGGAAAUCCUC